UCAGAUAUCACCUCCGCAAAGAAACCGAAAAAGCCCUAGACAAAUCAGCUACUGCUGCAGCCGCAUUGAAAGACCUUGAUAAGCUCCAACGACAGCACAACAAUCGAAAAACAUUGCCCAAAGGCAUCUUGGAUAUAAUACAAAAGUCAAUUUUACGAAAUCACCCACGGCUACAAGUAGCUGUUAGCUGGUUCGCUAACCGAUUGAAUUCGUACAAGAGUUUCGAUCGUAUCAAUACAUACAAAGAGGAAGGCAAUCAACUGUUUGAAGAAGUCCGACAAUAUCUACAAAUCAGCAGUUGGGACGAUAUUCUCGGAUAUGAUGCAAAAAGCAGUAGCGGUGACAGAGGCAGUGGCAGCGGCAGCGGCAGCGGCAACAAGGGAUACGAAGAAGGCAAAGAUGGGGAUGACAAUGACGAGGAGGAGGAGGAGGAGGCCAUUGAAGGAGACAGUGACAAUAAAACAACAAAGCUCCACGAGACCAUCACCUUCAGCUUGCGGGCGAUCCUUCGUGACGAAAUAGAUUACGAACUAUUCCUACAAACUAUUCUGAGCGAACAAGAUCGAGUUGGUCGCUGCCUUCAUCAGCUGUCAAGUGCUACCGAACUCCUGACCAGUCUGAUCGCCUCUGGGGAAGCCGCUCGUCAUUGUGGUAUCCCAACGCAGCAAGUAGCAUUUGACUUUAAAACACUGGUACCGAGAUUCGACUUCAAGAAGCACAGUCCCCAAGAUAGUCCAACCGCCGUCAACGUCACAUAUAUACCAGCAGAUAUAGAUGCUUUACAAGCUGCACGUAUCUAUACCUUUGAACAUUUCUCAAACCUUUUGUCUGGUUGCGUUGGGUCGAGUGUACGCGAAAACAAAGAAGCACCCGUGUUCAAAGACAUCCGAGCUGCUAUCGCCGAGUCUGGACAUGUCACAAAGCAGGACGACUUUCUCUUCAACGGUGCGAUGAACAAUGGGUUGCGGGAAUUUGUUACCAGUGCUCACAAUCUAUGGACACGCAAAAGACAUGAUCGGGACCUUCGCGUUGUGUCUACCUUGCUAUUACGUGCAAUUUUGGCCCCAAAACGUCUGUCUGCGUUCCUUGAAAAGCGUUCGCAAUAUUUUGAACUGAAGAAAGCUGCCAAAGAGCAGAACAACGCACAAGCGGAAACCAAAGCACCUGUCUCCAAAAAACAUGCCAUUGACACUAUGCAUUACUACAUCAAGGAACUCACGUGGGCCAUCGUACGAGAGAGGAACAAAGAAGUCACCGAUAAGCUAUUGCUGAAAACGCAGGAGUGGAAGGCGAAGGUCGACAGUUUCCCAAGCUCAUCUACUGGUGCCAACAAAGAAAGAGACUCCAUUAAAAAAACGCAAAAAGUGACACGGUCGCUUCGUUCUGCUGUCCAGCAAUCGAACCCUUUGAAAGUCUGCACUGCAGAUGAGCAGCAAGAAGACGACGAAGCAGCAACAUCGGAAGACGCUGAAACGAGUACUCGAAAGAUCCGAGCGUUGGUAUCAAUAAUCAAGAGAUUACUGGACAAGGCCACGGAAGACGUCAGCGCACAGACCAUCAAAGAUGCUGCUUUUCAAGGGACAAACCUUGCGCAUAGUGAAUGUAAAGCUGCUGCUCAUAUUUGCAAUGCUCUUAGACCGUAUUACAUGCCAGAGGCAAGUGAUGAAGAUGACGACGACGAUACCGAUGACAAGGACAGCCUGACGAUCCAUCAAUGUGCGCCGCUUGCAUACAUCACCAACACAGCUGUAGCUUUGAUCGGUCCUCAACAGAACCAAUGGGCCACCUUCCCUUCUGUCGAUGAAAAAGACCAAUCCCUGCAUAUAUCAACCGACGUUUUGUACACCCUUUUCUCGGGGGAUUUCAAGAUCCCAGCUGAGACACCGAAAGGGGAGAUUACAAGCAAAAGGGAGGCAGUCGACUGGAGGCGCAAGCGCGAUGUUUUCGGUGCGUUUUUCAAGCUUCCCAAGAUCCAACAAGCCAUGGAAUCCAAGAAAUUGACUCUUGCGUACCGCGUUACGUUUGUCAAUCGCCAUACAGUGCGGGUGCUUGGUACUAGAACUGUCACGACUGGCGUGAGCUGCGUCAUAAAAUAUACCACAGCAAAUUAGCUUCGGCUUGGCGCCUACCUGGGAUCAAACCCACAUUGCAUUUCUUUGGUUCGUGGCGGGCCGGCAACAAAGGGUUCAAGAAGCACCAACAAGGUGCAAGCAAAAAAUUAAAGCAAGAACUGGACGCACCGGAAAACAGCCAUCUGUGCAUCACUGACGAGUACCGGUCCAGCAAGACUUGCCCAUACUGCCACGAGCCAACAACACUGCAAAAAUACCGUGGCGAGGAUGGAAAGCUGCGACCGGCCAACGGCGCUCUCAAGUGCACGAAUCUUACGUGUCCCAGUCGCAGCCAAAGUACGUUCAAUCGCGAUGCAGUAGGCGGAUUCAACAUUGCUGUG